UGGUGUUUUGGCAAGAGAGGCGCCUGUGGGCGCUGCUGCACCUCCGGCGAAGCGAUGAGCAUCAAUAACUGACGUACGAUCACAAAAAAGGGCAAAUAAUGAUGGCUGCAGCUGACUGCACCUGGCCCCAGCGCACACGGCCGCUGCGGCAGCUUACAGACGAUCAGUAUGCAGCCUGGGAACGUGAUGGUUAUGUCGUGCUGCCAGGCAUUGUGCCGCUCGAUUUAUGCGAAAACGCCGCGGCAGCCAUACGACGAUUCAUCGGCGCCGACGAUUCGAGGCCGGUGAGUUGGUACACGAACACUGACGACAUUUACGACGCGACGCUGUCGCCGCGGCCGGCGCACGGCCCCUGCGGCAUGGUGCAGCUGUACCACCACGCGACGCUGUGGGCGCUACGCCAGCAUCCAGCUAUUCAUGCGUGUUUCGCGGAUGUGUACGGCACGGAGCGCCUGUACGUGACGUGCGACCGCGCCCAUUUCAAGCCCCCGCAAAGCGCGGCGCACCCAGCCUGGUCCGAUGCUGGUCCCGUGCACAGCGGCCUGCACUGGGACGUCGACGUCAAAAACACGCCGGUGCCGUUCUCGGUGCAGGGCGUCGUGUAUCUGGAAGAGACGCGUGCCGAGACGGGCGCGCUCCGCGUCGUGCCCUCGUGCCGCGGGCGGAUCGCUACGGUAGACGACUCCGAGGCCGUCGCGGUCGAGGGACCUGCUGGGAGUUUGGUCCUGUGGCAUUCGGCGACGAAGCACGGACCGGGUCGGAACACGUCCGAUCGGCCGCGCGUUUCGGCCUAUGUCGCCAUGCUCCCCGUCGAUGCCUCGCCGUUCCUUGGCGAUCGGCCUCCGGAUACCGCGUUGUCGUUGAGUGACUCGGGAACUCUCAAAUACGACGAGGACCCGCGGCGACCGCGCCUCUCGCGCGACGCACGCAUCGACCGCUGGCGGCGCCGGCUGCCGCUGCUCGACGAAGACCCGCGCGAAUCUCAGCUCGACCGCGCGCCGCCGGGCGAGGAGGACGGGGAGCCGUUCGGCGGGCUCACGCCGCUCGGGCGGCGGCUUGUGGGGUUGGACGAGUGGUCUUCCUCGUAG